AAGGCACAGUUAAUCCUUAAUUAGCCGAAUACUUUUGGUGAACUUGUAACUGGUGGAAAUGUUAUUUGUGCGCGUUUUAAGCCUAUUUGUCUUCAGUGCUUUGAUAACCAAAACUGAACAAGCGUUGAAUUGUUCGAUUCCAGACGAUCCAUACGCCUCAUAUUAUGUAAACGGUGAAGCAUUUACCGGAAACGGUACAGUCUUACAUAAAAACAAGGUCCGUGUCGAGUGUGAAAACGGUACUAGUUUAACAGUGCGCUCCGAUGUCAGAACAUGUCGGAAUGGUGUGUGGAAACCAAGAAAAUCAUUCCCGAUUUGUGAACCAGAGCCAUGUCGUUUAAAUAAGGAAAAGGGUCGUCGGUUUUUCCUAUUAGAAAAGGAGUUAGAUGGCGAGGUCGGGCAUGAAGAGAAAGUCAAUGUCGUUUGCGAUAGAAACUUUGAUCAAAUGGGAAACGAUGAGGAUUCUAAUUCAGAAAUACAUUGCCUAAAAGGGCAGUUCGACAAAAUGUACCAAUGCGUUGAGAGAUGUGCUAUCCCAGAUAUUUCAAAUGCGAACAUCACACGCUCAAAUGGCGCGAAUACGGAUAAGUUGAAGCACGGAGAAAACAUUACAGUUACUUGCCAUAAAGGAUACAGUUCCCAAAGCAGUGUGGAAGGCAAUGACGCAAGUUUCACUUUGACAUGCAAAAACGGUACGAUAGGUAACAGAACAUGUGAACUAUCACAAUACAGAAGGGAUCAACAAGAGAACGUUAUACCUACAGCGAAAUCAAGUUUAUCAUCAGCAGCAGCCGCAGCAGCUGAUACAACAUCAGCGAUAGGAAGACAAACAGACACCAACAAAACUCAAUCGCGGUCACCUGUUAAUGAAAGAGUGACUGUUCCAGGUGAACCGACCACAUCACCUAUUGAUAUUGAUCAUGGCGAACUUAACUGUACCAUACCUGAGUCCACCGAUGUAAAAUUUGUGACACUUUCCGGCGAGGAAUUGAAAGAGGGAGCGCAGAUUCAUCAUGGUAGACAAAUUUUAGCUGAGAAGGAAUGUAAAGAUUACUUCGAGGGUUACCACCUCGAUUACGAUUAUUAUGGAGAAGAAAUAAGUCCGCCAACAAGACUUCUUAGUACGAUAGUUAUUUGUACAGAGGGUGUGAUCUCGGAUUAUACACUUGAUUGUGACGACGUAGAAACUUCCGAUACCCCCGUUACAAUUCCGGAGGAGUGCAAGACUGUACCAAAUGGCGAGGUCACAGAUAACGGCAAAUCAUUUCAGUGCAAUGAGGAUUACGUUCACGCUGACAGCCUAUUAUACGAGAGAUACAGUUGUUCAUGUGACAGAACCAUCCCUGCCUUGGUGUGCAAUGGAAGGCAGGCUAAGUGCAAACCAAUUAACUGUAAAUUAAACAGUUUUAUUGAACAAGGGAUGACUCUUAAGUACAGAUCGAAGUUCAUCACUGCUUCGACCAUAGAUGCGAUCGAUCACGGAGAAUUAGUCAUGUUUAACUGUGAAAUUGGAGCAAACGGUGUAACAUACGAACCAAAAAGGCGGAUGUUUAAAUGUGACCGGGGAAAGUGGUUUGAAGAUAACAGAAGGGGUAGUGUAUGGUCGUUAGGUAACAAUGGAACGUUUCCCAAAUGUCGACCAGCGAAGUGUGAGUGUCAGAACGGAGGUACAUGUAUUCGAGAUGAGACGUGUAAAUGUUCACGGUUCACGAAGGGGCUGCAAUGCGAAACACCUCUUUGUCCCGGGCAAUGUCAAAACGGUGGAUCAUGUAUCUCUCCAAACAGGUGCAGCUGUCCGUAUGGAUUCUUUGGCAGUCGUUGCGAAACAGCUCUGUGUGACGGUGGAUGUCAAAACGGUGGGACAUGUAUCUCCCCAAACAAGUGUAGCUGUCCGGAUGGAUUCUCUGGCAGCCGUUGCGAAUCUGCUCUGUGUGACGGUGGAUGUCAAAACGGUGGGACAUGUAUCUCCCGAAACAGGUGCAGUUGUCCUAAAGGAUUCUCUGGUAGUCGUUGCGAAACAGCUCUUUGUGACGGUGGAUGUCGAAACGGUGGGACAUGUACCUCCCCAAACAGGUGCACCUGUCCGAACGGAUUCUCUGGUAGUCAUUGCGAAACAGCUCUUUGUGACGAGGAAUGUCAAAACGGAGGGACAUGUUCAUCCCCAAACAAGUGUAGCUGUUCGAAUGAAUUCUCGGGCAUUCAUUGCGAAACAGCACUUUGUGGCGAUGGAUGUCAAAACGCUGGGACAUGUACCUCCCCAAACAGGUGUAGAUGUCUCGAUGGGUUCUCUGGCAGUCAUUGCCAAACAGCUCGGUGUGACGGUGGAUGUCAGAACGGUGGGACAUGUACUUCCCCAAACAAGUGUAGCUGUCCGGAUGGAUUCUCUGGCAGCCGUUGCGAAUCAGAGGAGGGAUGUCAAGCUCCGAUUGAGAAAGGAAAUGAUGCGUUAUACCGAAAUGGAGCCACAUACACUGUUUCUCAUGAAAGCUGCUCCGGUGGAAAUAUACCCAGUUUUAAAGGACAGAUUACUUGUGUAAACGGUCGCUGGUCUGAGCAAGUCAGCUGUUUGGGAGGAGCAAGUUACCGUAUAACUGUAAAAACUGCUAACAUCAAAUGGAGCACGGGUGAGGGCACAGAUAGGGAGGUAUACUUGUACAUGUAUGGUUCCAAAGGGAACAGCAGCAAAAUCAUCUUACAUGGUCGGUUUGAGGCUGGUUAUAAUGAUAUUACAGUUGGUCAUUUUGUUGACGUCGGAGAGAUCAACAAAAUUCGAAUCGGUGUUAAGGCCCUUCACAGCAGGUUUGCUGGUUGGAAACUGGAAUCCGUACUUAUUGAAGAUGUUUCCAAAAGUGCCUAUUACAAAUUUUUACACAAUUUGAGUGAAAUCUUUCUUCAUCGAGUCGCUUCCUGUAGUCCGCCUGCUGGCUUAAGAAAUGUACAGCCUUUUUACAUAGUCGACGACACACUCUACCUGGAUUCAUCGAACUGUGCCAAAGGUUACAUUCCAAACUCUUCAUCUACGAAGUGCACGGCGACGGGUUGGACGAUUAAUAUCGUAUGCAAUCAAAUUUUCUGUAGUCCGCCUGCUGUCUUAAGAAAUGUACACCCAUUUUACUUAGACGGCCACACACUCUACCUUGAUUCAUCUAACUGUGCGAAAGGAUACAUUCCAAACUCUUCAUCUACGAAGUGCACGGCGACGGGGUGGACGAUUAAUGUCGUAUGCAAUCAAAUUUUCUGUACUCCGCCUGCUGGCUUAAGAAAUGUACACCUAUUUUACUUAGACGGCCACACACUCUACCUUGAUUCCUCUAACUGUGCCAAAGGUUACAUUCCAAACUCUUCAUCUACGAAGUGCACGGCGACGGGGUGGACGAUUAAUGUCGUAUGCAAUCAAAUUUUCUGUAGUCCGCCUGCUGUCUUAAGAAAUGUACACCCAUUUUACUUAGACGGCCACACACUCUACCUUGAUUCAUCUAACUGUGCGAAAGGAUACAUUCCAAACUCUUCAUCUACGAAGUGCACGGCGACGGGGUGGACGAUUAAUGUCGUAUGCAAUCAAAUUUUCUGUACUCCGCCUGCUGGCUUAAGAAAUGUACACCUAUUUUACUUAGACGGCCACACACUCUACCUUGAUUCCUCUAACUGUGCCAAAGGUUACAUUCCAAACUCUUCAUCUACGAAGUGCACGGCGACGGGGUGGACGAUUAAUGUCGUAUGCAAUCAAAUUUUCUGUAGUCCGCCUGCUGUCUUAAGAAAUGUACACCCAUUUUACUUAGACGGCCACACACUCUACCUUGAUUCAUCUAACUGUGCGAAAGGAUACAUUCCAAACUCUUCAUCUACGAAGUGCACGGCGACGGGGUGGACGAUUAAUGUCGUAUGCAAUCAAAUUUUCUGUACUCCGCCUGCUGGCUUAAGAAAUGUACACUCAUUUUACUUAGACGGCCACACACUCUUCCUUGAUUCAUCUAACUGUGCGAAAGGAUACAUUCCAAACUCUUCAUCUACGAAGUGCACGGCGACGGGGUGGACGAUUAAUGUCGUCUGCAAUCAAAGGAGUAUGCGUAAAUCAACGUCAACGUACAGAAUCCGUGUAAAAACCAUCGAUUAUGAUAAAGACCCUUGGGGUGGGACAAGACAGAAUGUUCUUGUAAAAAUUCAAGGAAGACAGGCAGAAACCAGGUGGAUACCUAUUUGGGGUGAUUUUUUUCCAGGACGAAUAUCGGAAACGAGAUUUUCAAUCAAUACUAUUGAACAGAUUGAGAAAAUUCAUCUGAAGGCCUAUGGAAACGUCCACGUAGGAGAGAAAUGGAAGCCAGAUUACGUUACCAUUCAUGUUGAAGACACGGACGACUUAUACGUGUUUCGAUACAAGAGCAGUGAAUACCUAUUUAAAAACGAAACAAGCCUUUAUCCAGAAGGAAAAUGUUCGAGACCAUUUGCCAAUUAUCGCCAGGAGAUCGAUGUAUAUGGGUACUAUUUACAAAGAAAACCAGCAAAAGACGAAAUAGACUGCAAAAUUCAAUGCAUUGAACACAUUCAAUGUAAAAUGAGUGUGUAUGAAACAAACUCCGGAUAUUGCAGAGGAUACUUUUAUGGUAAAACGAGGCAUUACAGUCGUUCUACGUGGACUGCUUAUGAUUUAAUGCCUUGCUAUGGAAGAAAUUGAUGAGGAUGAAACUGUGCUUCGCUUUUUAAACAUUUUGAUAUUGUAUAGGGACUUUUUUCUUUAAACAUCUUAUGUUUCUUACAGCAGGAUUAAACUAUGCUAUAGUUCGUCUUUAGCUUGAUACGCUUUAGAACUUUAAAGAAGUUGGUGGAGACUGGAUUUCACACACAAUUAUCAUGUAACAGCUAUUGUAUGCUAAAUGUGUUUUUAAUUGCUACAAUUGGGAUAUUGUGAUGACAUCUUUUGAGGCAGUAAAUAUCCACGUAACGUUUUUGUUGAAUUAAUUUGUGUCAUUUUUAAUAUAAAACAGGGUAGGUUUUGAUGAUUAAAGCGGAUCCAUCAAAAAUACUAUGGCUAUCAUAAUCGACUGCUGGAACAUCAUUGAUUGCAAACGCUUUUUGCCGUUGUAAAUGAAAUGGUAGAAUAAAAAGAGUGAAAAAUACUUUGAGAAUUUGCUUAUUGAUUUUUUUGAUAUCAGAAGAAAGGAUUAGAUGCUUUUCUGAUUAAGAACAUGAAACAAAUGAACAAUGUCAAAUUUCUAGGUUUAUGUCCUGUUACUAUGUUCUAUUCUUUGUAUAUAUAGCAUGUUUGUUUGCUUGAUUAAGAUAUUUUGACGGCAUCUAUUCUUCUUCCUCAUUUAGGUUAAUAAAAAAAAUGUUGUGACUGUAAUAUCAAAUAAAUAGCCAAUUGCUCAAUAUGU